CCACCCCGGUCGGAUCGCCCGCCCCGCCUCCUUCCCUCCUCCAGCUCCCGCCCCCAGUCUCCUCCCUCCUCCCGCGGUGCUGGCUCUCCUCCUCACGCCCCUGCGCGGCGGGCUGACUGCAGGCGCGGCUCCGGGAGAGAGCGCCUUCGCCGAACGCAGCCUGCGCUUCCCCUGUCAGUUCUGUGCGUCCUGCAGCUGUGCGGCGCGACGUCGCGACUUUCCUCUGGUCCCGGGACGGCAGUGGGACAACUUGGAAAACUUCUCUGGGGCGGACUGCAGGGACGCCGGGCACCAGUGGCAGAGGACGUAAGUGAGCGAUAGAUGGUCCUGGGUGUCCCCGGACCUCCUAAGCCACUUUCGGUCAGGCUACGGUGCUCCAGAGCCAUCUGCACCGCCUGGGGGGACGGCCCCCAACAGAAGCGGAGCCAGGGUGGCGCUAUCUCCUGCGUACUGUGAGUUUGGCCAGCAUCGUUCCCUCUGGUCAUGUCCGGCCCGGCCAUGGUCCACCAGGAGCCCUACUCGGUGCAGGCCACCGCCGCCAUCGCGUCGGCCAUCACCUUUCUCAUCCUCUUCACCAUUUUCGGCAAUGCGCUGGUAAUUCUGGCUGUGUUGACCAGCCGCUCACUCCGUGCACCACAAAACCUCUUUCUGGUGUCACUGGCAGCAGCCGACAUCCUAGUGGCUACUCUUAUCAUCCCUUUUUCUCUGGCCAACGAGCUGCUAGGCUACUGGUACUUCUGGCGUGCGUGGUGCGAGGUCUACCUGGCGCUAGACGUGCUCUUCUGUACCUCCUCCAUCGUGCACCUGUGUGCCAUCAGUCUGGACAGAUACUGGGCAGUGAGCCGAGCACUGGAGUACAACUCCAAGCGCACUCCGCGCCGCAUCAAAUGCAUCAUCCUCACUGUGUGGCUCAUUGCAGCCGUCAUUUCUCUACCGCCCCUCAUCUACAAGGGCGACCAGCGCCCGGAGCCCCAUGGGCUCCCCCAGUGUGAGCUCAACCAAGAGGCCUGGUACAUCUUGGCUUCCAGCAUCGGAUCUUUUUUUGCUCCCUGCCUCAUCAUGAUUCUCGUCUACCUGCGAAUCUACGUAAUUGCCAAACGCAGCCACUGCAGAGGUCUCGGAGCCAAGAGGGGCUCUGGGGAGGGUGAGUCCAAGAAGCCUCGUCCGGCCGCUGGGGGAACUCCAGCCUCGGCUAAAGUGCCCACCCUGGUCUCUCCUCUAUCUUCUGUUGGAGAGGCUAAUGGACACCCCAAGCCUCCAAGGGAGAAGGAGGAGGGGGAGACCCCUGAAGAUCCCGAGGCCAGGGCUUUGCCACCCAAUUGGUCUGCCCUUCCCAGAUCAGGCCAGGACCUGAAGAAGGGGACUAGUGGGGCAACUGCAGAGGAGGGAGCUGAAGAGGAUGAAGAGGAGGUGGAAGAAUGUGAACCCCAAACACUGCCAGCUUCUCCUGCCUCAGUCUGCAACCCACCCUUGCAGCAGCCUCAGACUUCCCGGGUGCUGGCCACGCUCCGUGGCCAGGUGCUUCUGAGCAAGAAUGUGGGUGUGGCCAGUGGGCAUUGGUGGCGCCGACGGACACAGCUGAGCCGGGAGAAGAGGUUCACCUUUGUGCUGGCGGUGGUCAUUGGCGUUUUUGUGGUCUGUUGGUUUCCUUUCUUCUUCAGCUACAGCCUGGGGGCCAUCUGCCCACAGCACUGCAAGGUACCACACAGCCUCUUCCAGUUCUUCUUCUGGAUUGGCUACUGCAACAGCUCUUUGAAUCCUGUCAUCUACACCAUCUUCAACCAGGACUUCCGCCGUGCCUUUCGAAGGAUCCUUUGCCGGCAGUGGACCCAGACUGGCUGGUGAGCCUGCCUGCUCGGGGCCUGUGCCAGGCAGGGUUGGUGCCAGGACCACCCGGUGGUAGUCUGCCACCUCCGCAGUCUAUGUGGCCAUUUCCCUGGGACCCAUUUGCAGACCUCAUCCUCAGACACCCCUGCAGGGGAAAGGACAAAUGUGCCGUUCCCAGGGGCCCAUUUGAAACCUUCUCUUGCUGACUGUACUGUGGGAUAGCUCUUCCCUGCUCUCUCCUCAGGAAGGGUAGCUUGGACCUUUUGGAAUGUGGCCAAGGCCAGACUGAUUAGAAUACCUCCCUCCCAGCCACCUGUAAGCCAGCAGGCAGGCUUCCCUUUCCUGGAGACCCCCUGUGCCUUGGCAGGCCACUUGUGGUGGUUUUCUUUUCUUUUCUUUUCUUUUCU